AGAAGUGUCUCAAAACGUCGCCGUUUGGGUAGGCUCUCGUUGGGAGCUGGAGAUAGAGCGUCGUUUGAGGACGAAGAUAGGAAGGUAGGGGAGCAUUUUCCCGUGUGGAUUUCAGAAGCGAGGACGCGCUUCAUGAUUCAUUGCAAAUGAAGACAAGCACCCUGGGAGCAAAGGGAGUAGCCUCGCGUGCCCAUCUGAGCGACAAUAUCUGCAACUCUCAAGCGUGGCAGGGAACCGUCGCGGGGAAGACCUGGGCGCUGCGAGCGGCUAUAAAGGAAUAGAGAGACAAAGGCGAGUUGGUGGGGUGGAGUCGGAUUUUGAAAAAUUUUUGUUAGCACUGCGCCCUCCUUCUUCUUCUCCUCCUCCCCGGUGAAAGGUCGAGAGAUAUUUUUUAAGCAAAGCAAAAAGGAAUUCCUUUCUUCGGGAGUCAUUUAGCAGCCAGGAGGGUCUUAGACUUUUGGGCGAUUCUCCUCCUUUUUGUUUUAUAAACAGAACAAAGAGAUCUCUUGGAGCACUCUGUAAGAAUGUGCUUCAGCUGAUUAAUACAGAUCAGUUUAAUUCAACAAAAUGACCAGAGUUUACAAUUAUUACAGUAAGUUAUCUUCACAGUGGGGUUUACUAGCAAGAAGGUAUAAUUCAAGUCAAGCAAUGCGUGAAGUUUCAGAAACAACAGAAAAGAUAUGUAAGCUUAUGAUGUCCUCUCCACCAGUUGUACUUGAUACUGCCCUUAACCAAAGUGGCAUGAGGGUUUCCCCAGAAGUGGUGGAGGAGGUCCUCAAGAGAUUUGAGAAUGCCGGUAUGUUAGCUUAUAGGUUUUUUGAAUGGGCUGAGAAGCAAAGAAACUAUGUGCAUAGUGUUCGGGCAUACCACACAAUGAUUGGAUCUCUGGCCAAAAUAAGGCAGUAUCAGAUCAUGUGGGAUCUUGUGAAUAUCAUGAGAAAUAAGGAUAUGCUAAAUGUUGAGACGUUUUGCAUUAUCAUGAGAAAGUAUACGAGGGCUCAGAAAGUUGAUGAGGCAAUUUACACAUUUAAUAUUAUGGAGAAAUAUGGAAUUCCCCCAAAUCUAGCCGCAUUCAAUGGCCUGCUGAGUGCUUUAUGCAAGUCCAAGAAUGUCAGAAAAGCUCAGGAGAUAUUCGACAGCAUGAAGGUUCAGUUCACUCCUGAUUCCAAAACUUAUAGUAUAUUGCUUGAAGGAUGGGGAAAGGAUCCAAAUCUGCCCAAGGCAAGGGAAAUUUUUAGAGAAAUGAUUGAUGUAGGUUGCAACCCUGACAUAGUGACCUAUGCUAUAAUGGUUGACGUUCUUUGCAAGGCGGGGAGGGUUGAUGAAGCUGUUGGAAUUGUUAAAUCAAUGGACUCGAGGGACUGUAAGCCUACAUCUUUUAUUUACAGUAGGUUUAUUCCAAGCAUGCACACUUUCUCAGUUCUUAUUAAUGGACUGUGUGAGAAGGGUAAUGUUACUAAAGCCUGUAUCUUAUUGGAAGAGAUGAUAGAAAAGGGCAUUCGGCCUUCAAGUAUGACAUUUGAGAGGAUAAGAAAGCAGCUUAUAAAGGAAGGAAGAGAAGAUGUACUCAAAUUUCUCCAGGAGAAAAUGAAUCUCCUGGUCAAGGAGCCUUUAUGUGAUUAAAGAAGCAAGUCAUUGAGUAGCAAUUGUUCAUAAUCCUGAACUAGUAAUUAGGAGAUCUGGAGUGGAAAACUCCUAGCUGCUAUUAACAAGAGCAAAA